CGGCAAUCCGUACAACCAAAUGGCGGUUAUGUCGUACUACACGGGCGACGAGCUGCGUGCCGUGUAUUACUACUUCCGCAGUUUGGCGGUGGCGAUGCCCUUCGCCACGGCGCGUGAGAACUUGCUGCUGCUGUUUGAGAAGAACAGGAGCAAGUACGGCAACCUCGCCGCCUCGCAUGCCUCAGCGGCGCUGCAGGGCGGUCGCGACGCGGACGCUCGCGCCGCCUCGGGCCACCUGACCGACGUGUGCACUCGCUUCGUGCGGCUGCAUGGGCUGCUGUUCGACCGCAUCAACCUGGACAGCCUGCCGGGGGUGCUGGCGGAGGCGGGCAGGGACCUGGAGCUGGUGCUGGGCCACCCCGGCUGCCGCGCCAUCCUGCAAAAGGCCCCCGACACCGAGCAGCUCCUCUUCCUCCUCGCCAUUAUGAACAUAUUUGCUGUACACAACGUGUCUGCCGUACCGUACGGCAGUGGCGCCGCCGCGUCUGCGUACGGCGGCGGCAGCAGCUACGUCGCCGCGGCCCAGCGCGCCGAGCUGCGCUGCCAUGCACUGGCGGUGGCGCUUCGGUUCGCAGCGGCGGUUACGAGCUGUACGGCAGGCAUGGCGGAGGCGGCCGCUGCCGGCGGAGGCGUCGGCGACGUCGGUACUGGUUUCGGAGCGGUUUCCACGGCUUGCCAUGUCAUGCUGGCGUGGAUGGUUUCGAACCCGAGUGUGCUGUCGGCCGAGCCAGCGCCGGCGGUGGGGCCAAGUGCGACGGCUGGCGGGGGCAGCGCCGCCGCCGCCGCCGCGGCUUCUGUUUCGCUGGACGCUGCGGCGGCGGCGGUGGUGGCAGAGGUGGCGGCGCGGGCUGCAUUCCUGGUGGCGGCGUCGAGGCUGGCAGCGCACCUGUCGGACCUCACCCGGAGGCGUGCGCAUGACCAGGACUGGCAGGAUCCCACCGUACGGCACCGCAGCCUGCCUGAGGACACGGAGCUAGCCGGGUUCGCUCCGCUGGCACCUGUGGUGGCGGUGGCGGCGGGCUGGCCGGCGGCGACGGAGGCGCCCGGCAGCAGCGCCGCAGUGGUGGCGGUGCGCGUGGCCAGGAUGUUGCAGGCGCUGAGACACCUGGAUGAAGCGUUAGGGCCACAGCGCGGGGGGGCAGCGCCCGCCGGGGCCGCGGCACAUGCAGCCCUGCCGCCGCCAGCCGCCUCGGCGGCCCGGGAGCUGGCGGCGGCGGUACGGAGCUUCAAGCAUGCCGUGCAGCUGGCGACGCUUGCGGGCGGACACCAGCAGCAGCACCAGCAGCUUCAAGCGGCCAUGCAAGGCCCGGCGCAUCCGCACCUUCCACAUACCGCGCAUGCCACCUCUCAUCCCCAUCUGCAUUCCCAGCAUCCUCCCCAUGCCCAGCAGCAGCAGCAGCAGCAGCAGCAUCCACAACACCUUCCUGCCCACCCCCAACUGCACCAGCAGCAGCAGCAGCAACACCCGCAGUACAUCCUACCUGGGCUCCCCCUGCCCCCUGUUGCACCCCACAACGCCUCCUCCUCGGCACAUCCGCACCCCCAGCAGCAGCACGCGCAGCAGCCGCCCAUGCCACGUGCACUCCACGUCAACGCCGGCAUGGGCGUCGGUGGCAGUGCCCCUUCCGGCAGCAGCCCGGCUGCUGUUGCUGCUGUCUCCGUCUCCGCCGCUGCCGCCGCUAUGCACAUGGCUUCCGCCACCGCUGCUGCUGCCGGCGCCGGUGCCACUGACCACAUCAACGGCGGCAACGGCGCUCAUGCAAACACCGCUCCUUCCCGUUCGGUGGCGGUUGACGAGGAUGAGAAUGCGGAGGAGGAUGAGAUCGUGUAUCAGCCGCCACGUCCCGGCUCCAGCGGCAUGACGCGGCCGGCCAGUGUUGGCACUGCCCUGCAUCACCUGCACAGGAGGAGCAGCAGCGGAGGCGGUGCGAGCGGUGGUGCGGGUGGGGUGUACAGUGGCGGAGGUGGAGGAGGUGGUGGCGGAGGUGGAGGCGGGCAGGGGGCGGCUCAGAUGCUUGGCGGGGAGCUGCUGCGAGGCCUGACCGGGCUCCCCACCAGCGGCACCCUCUCGCACUACCACCACAGCCGCGACCCCUCGCGCGACGGCUCAGGACUGCUCACCCGCUCGCCCUCCGUGCUGAGCACUGGAGACUUCAACACCUCCAGCGGCGGCGGUGCGGCCGCCGCCGCUGUUGCCCUCCACAUCACUGGUAGCGGCGGCGGUGGAGGGCUUGGAGGCCUGUCCAUUGUUUGCGGCGGCAGGGGUCCCAGCAGUAGCGGAGUUGCGAGCCCGGGGUCGCUGUACGGCAUUAACACCACCAACAGCAACACCUCGCCGCGGUUGGUGGGGUGGGAGCUUGGCGCUUGCGGCGGUGGCGGUGGCGGUGGUGGUUCCGCUGGGGGACGCGGAGCGUCCGGAUCAGGCAUGGUGACGUCAGCGGCGGCGGCGGCGGGAAGUACGGCUAUUCCGCGGCCGCCGUCGCCGGCGGCUGGAGACUUGCCGGGUGCCGGAUCAAUAGGCCUCCUACAGCAUUUGUUGCAUGGCACCGGCAGCGGUGGGAUUACUGCGGCGGCUGGCGGAGUGUACGGCAGCGGAGGUGGAGGUACGGCAGGUGCCGGCGCAGUUCGGCGGCCAUCCAGCGCUACCGGGGGCGGCGGCGCUGCUCCUCCUCCUUCCAGCGUGACUGCCACCGUCGGCAGCGGCAGGAUUAGCAGCAGCGGUGAUGGUAGCAUCGUGGCAGCGGCGCGGGGACAAGCUCACACUCCCGCCGCCGCCGGGGCCUCUCUGGGGGUCCCUGGUGUGAUGUCAGCAUCACGUUCGCCGCCGCCAGCUACGGCAGCGGCGCCAACAACUUCCAUGCUACACCCACCGCCGUCACAGCACCCUCAGCAUGCAGAGCCUCCAGCACAACCGCCGCAGGCGUUACCGGACGCAGGACGCACACCGUCUGCUUCCGCGGCGCCGUUUGUCGGCCUUCCAGCGUCUUUGCAGAUGCGGGCGCAAGCACAACAGCAACUGCAGCCGCCACAACAAUCGCUUUUGUUUCCUGGCGGUGAUCAUGGCGGCUUUUCGCACGUGCAUGGGCGCGAUGCCUUGGGUGUCGUACAACAACGCUUUGGCGGCAUGGGGGUUCCCGAGGGCCUUGGUGGUACUGCAGGUACGGCUCCGGGAGGACGAUUGCUACUGCAGUCGGCAGGUCCGCAGCAGCAACAGCUACUGCAGUACAGCGGGAUCCUUGGCGGCGCCGCCGCUGGGGCUGCUGGCGGGACUCUUUUCGGCCUACCGACGCCACCGCUGCCAGGUAUGCCUGGCGGAGGUGGCGGCGGCGGCGGCAUGGACGUCUCGUACUUUACUGCUGCCGCCGGUAACUACCACGCCGCAGCGUUGGCGGAGGCCACAGCGGAGGCGACUGCCGUGGCAAUGGCAGAUGAUGUACUGCAGGGUCUGGAUGAUGCCGACGGCGACGGCGGCGGCCGCCAAGACCGCUACGGCGGCGUUACCUUCCUGGACGGCGGCGGCAGCAGUGCCGGCGGCGGCCGGCAGCACUUCCCGGCUGCUGCGGGGGGCUCCGCCACCGCUGCAGCUGGAGUGCCCAUGUACGGUGGCACAGCCGGGGAGGAGGACUACAUGGAUGUUGACGAUCGGUUUGCUCCCGCCGUCGCCGCCGCGGGGGGCGCCAGCUACUCGGCGCCUGGCCGCCGUCCCAUCACACGGGAAUCCAGCGCGACGUCAAACAGCGGCUUCUUUUCUAGCGCUCAACGACACACGGGGUCGGGAGCCGUCGCGGCUGCCAUUGGCGCCGCUGGUGCCGCUUUGCACUUUACUGUCGGCGGCAGUGGCGGCAGCGCCGCUGGAGACGGCGGCGCAGGUGGCGGAAGCCGUGGCAGCGGCCAGGGCUUUACGGUGACGGCGGGAAUGGCGGCCGCUGCAACGGAAGCGGUGGCGGCGCCUGGCGGCGCCGCCGCUAGGGCUGGGGGCGCGUCGGCGGCGACGGAGCCGCCAACUCUAGGAGCGCUGGAGGGCUUCGGUUCAUGGGGUGUGGUCCCGGCGUUGCCGGAGCAGCUCUCGGAUUACCAUCGAAUGUUGCGGCGGGCGGGUACGAGCGGACUGAGUAAUGGCGGCGGCGUUGUUGGUGGCGGCGAAGACGCGCCAUCGCCGUCGCAAGCAGCAAUGCAGCAGCGGCACUGGUUUGGACAGCCAAAUCAGCAGAUUGGCCCGCGAGGGGGUUCGCGGAAUGAGGAGCAGGGCGGCGGGGGCGGCUUGGCGGGUAUGUUUGGUGAGGAUCUCAGCUGCUUGUCUUUCUUGGCGCAACAACUGCAGCAGCAGCAACAGCGGCAUGCCGGCGGCAACGGUGGCGGAGCGGAUGCCCAGGGGUGAGGGAGCAACAUGGCCCAUGGGUCGCAAACGGCCCGUGUUUCGCUUUCUUUUAUCACAAUUGGGAGGACUCGGAGGGUGCUAAGGUUUCUAGCACCAAGGUUAAGGAGAUUGCAAAGGGGAAAGGAUGAUGCAAGUUCUCAGCAGCGGCGGGCGCGCAUGAAAGGAAUGAUUAGGUACACGGAUUGGGCUGCAGCUGGUUUCGGAGGCUAGCACUCGGCGGCGGCGGGUUGUGGAGGCACGCCCUCAAACCGCGGAUCUUCUCCGGGGAUCAUCGCGACAGUCGAUGCUCGCCGGCACACAUACCACCACCCGUUUGCGGAGCGACCUAAGCGGCUUGGCGACCGUGAGCCGCAACGCCGCCCUCAGCGUCACCCCCGCCGUCACAGCAUUCAUGACCGUCGUCGUCACCGCUGCCGCCACCGUCAUUGCCGACGUCUUCCUCCCACACAGCUCCCUUCAUCCCGCCAUCACCAUGCACCUUAUCUCGCCACCGCCGCACCCGCUGCUGCUGCUGCUGCUGCUGCUGCGACUUGCUUGUCAGCGCUUGCCUCACAAGCAAAUGACAUGCGUGCAAGUGGCAGAACUCCGCUUCCAUCAGCACACAUCCGGCUGUUGCCACAACCAAGGCACAACCGGCUGCAGCAGCAGCAGCAGCAGCGGGUCGCAUCUAGCGGUAAGCCUGCUGCUGCUGCUGCUGCUGCUGCUUCUGCUGCUGCAUGAUCCAGUACCUGUGCCCGCCCUCCUCCUGCUGGCACCGCCCUCCUCCUGCUGCGCCGCAUGCCUCAAGUGUGGCCUACAGAGCGGCCACGACACAGCGCGUCCACCCGCAGCCGCAAACCCGCAGCCGCAACCCCAUCAUCAUUCUUCAACCCACGGUCCACAUCAUUUUUACAAUGGUCCACAUGACCAUCACCAGCAGCGUUUGCUGCUCUGGCGAGCGCUGUGUAGGGGCGCAAGUUGCCCCUGCACCGCCCCCCCUUCUGUUCCCCCAUCGUCCCUGUAUGCGCUCCCUUCCGAGUUCGUUUGGGUGUCGAGGUAUGCACUGAGAGGCUGCCUGGCGGGGCUAUGUUGGAGCUGAUUGAGGGGAUGUGUGUGCCAGGGGCAGGUGUGUGGAAGAGGAUGAAGCGGCGGACCCCUGGCAGCAUUUGCAGCGAUGGGGAAAAAGAUUGAGCGAAGAAGAGAGUAUAAGAGACGGAGAGAGAGAGAACACCAGCUAGGCCGAAGCCGCAAGAGCAGCCGGUGGCGGCGAACUGGUCAUCGAUGGCCUGAAAUCGUUCCUCAUUGGAUUCAGAGGGCUCAGUCAGAGGAGCAUGUCAGUCAUUUAGAAGGGAAGAAAGUGGUGCGAUGUGUUCAGCUGGCGUCUGGUUGGGUGAAGUUGCCGCGUCGUCGAGGUUGUGUUUGGCGGUAGUCUCGGGCUUGGAGUACACCAUGUUUGGCUGCGGCCUUUGAGCAGCAGUUUCUUUAUUCCCACGAAAUGGAUUUUCCCAAUUACAAAUGUAUGACUUGAAAAGGCAACCGGAAUCCGGGUACGGUGUGUAUCAGGUGGUGCCAUUCCGAUGGUGUUUGAGAACCCACGUGACGAUCCUGGGUGUGUCCUGCUCUUGCCGAAUGCAGUUCGAUAUGUAUGCGCUGCCUGGUCCGGCUGAUGUCACUUUGUGCUGCCUUAGCUAUGUGCCCGGGUUCCCAGUUCGGCAGCACGUUAGCUCGACAGCCAGGGGGUGUAUGAGUGACUGGGUGUCUGGGUCCCCUGGGGCCAGUGGCUGGCAGGCCGUGAGGAGGGGGGUCGUGAGGGCCAUCGCCGUCUGAAGAGAGGCUAUGAAAGGAAGGCGGAGCAAUUCCUUGUAUCAGUACAUCUGGUCAAUCCAAGUUCUUGGUCCUUCCAAACGCAUACGUUUCAACAGUUCUGUUUGGCCGUGUGGUUUGCUGGGAGGUAAACGUGUGUGAAGGUCUGUCGUACGUGGGUUCGUGGCAGGCAGCAGGACACGAAGGGUGGUCCUGGUUUCGUUGCUCCCGUUUGCCCGUUUUGGCACUGCCUUGGCAGGGGCUGCAGCGGCAGUAGCAAUUACCACCGGAAACGGUCAUGUGUUAGAGGUUAUUUAGGAGCCAACGGACACAGUUGGCUGCAGGUAGCGGUAGGUGGUCCUCCUUGCCGCAGGCGAAUGUGCAAAAACACGAUACUAUCAGUCGACAUGGCGACAUAGCCCCUGGAUACCGGUAUACACGCGCGUCCAAUGGGCAUAAGGAGUUAAGGACGG